GACUUCCAGGGACCAUGAGUGGGGAGGUUGUCACCCAGAGCUGCUCUGACUGCGUCUAUCAGCCCAUGUGGAGUCAUAGUAGCAUCUGUGGGCAAACAUAUAUCUGCUCUGGAGAUCCCAGCAGCACUCCAGGGAUUGACUUCAGUGGUGGGAAGGGCCCAUAUUUUCCAUGGUCUUCCACCAGCUGCUUUCUUUCAGACCAAUAGUAACAGGCAAAGACUUUUGCACCAGGAGUUGAGGUCAGGCAGGUGCAUGGGUCAGGACAGGAGUGGGGAGGACAUGGGAAGUCCUGGCAGGACUGGGCAGAACCAGGGCAAGACCCAUUCUGAGAGGCAGCCUCCCAUGACAAACAGCAGCAGGCAGAGCCCCGAUGAGAGGCAAAGCCGGCCCCAGGAGAGGGCCGGGAGAGGAGGCUGGGAGCGGAAAAGGGCUGCUCCUGUGACACAGAUGUGGCUGCGGAGGUGGAGCAGGAGGCAGAUCACAAACAGCUGGUGCACAAGGAAGUGCUGGGACACCAGCCAGUGUGGCCAGGGCGGCAGCAGCAGCCCCGGUGCAGCAGACCUGCACUGGCCAGGGAACGACCAGGAGCAGAGGCAACAGGACUGCAGGGACCUCACCCAGGACCUGGAGAUUUCCUCAGUAGGAGCCUUCUUCCAACCAAAACAGCUCUUCAUUCUGCCAAGUUGAUGGGAUCCCCUGUGGUCUGCAAAGGUGGGACCACGGAGGUGGCAGCUUUGCACAGUCUUAACCCAAAUACCCAAGGAAAUCUAUCUUGUGGAAGACAAUUGCAGCAUUUCACUGGCUUUGUUUGACGAGCUGGGGUUUAAUUGAACCCUGGGAUCUCCAGAGGUGCUCCUGCUGCUCCUUGGGGAAGUGGAAAUCAGCCCAGACAUCUCAGCAGCCUUCUCCAGACUGUCAUCUUCUCCCACAUCUGAACUCUGACAAACUGUGCCCCCGCUUCUCAAGCUGGGGCUGUGUCCUCCCAGGCGAUGACCACCAUGGGACGCCUUCCCUGAGCACCAGUGUCCAUGCAGGAGCACAGGGAGGCCCUCCAGGUCACACUCAACAAUGUCACUGUCUGUGUGCCUGCAGCGCCAAGUCCUCAUCACCAAGAUCAAUAGGUGCCAGUCCUUUGCCGGAGUGAACUCAACAGCCAACCAGCCCUUCAGGAACCUCUCACCCUUUACCCCCAUCGUCUCCCGCAAGACUGGCUCCAGGGUCAGUAGGAUGUUCUUAAUGUCCCACAAAUCCCCACCACCCAAGGUGCCUCAGCCCAACCGCCUGGACGAGGUGUACGAAGCUCUCAAGAAGGGCCUGACAGCCUACCUGGAGGUGCACCAGCUGGAACUGGAGAAGCUCAGCGCUCAGAUCCGCGAGUCCAAGAGGAAUUCACGCCUGGGCUUUCUCUAUGAUCUGGAUAAGGUAAGAGGGAUCAGUACCUCCUCCCCCUUCCCUCCCCCAUCCUAACAUUUAGGAUGUGCUAUUGCCAGGCCCUCUCUGCUUGCACUGCCCUGUGGCCUGCAGGGUGGGAUGGAGCUCUGUGGGCAUGGUGGGCCUGGGCAGGGAUGGACCAGUGGCAGGCAGGGGCUUGUAACCUGCUUCUUGCAAGCAGAAGCUGUUGCUGAUGAGUGCUGAGCCUGGCUUAGCUCAGCAGAAGAUGGGAGAAGAGCACCCUGGAGCCUGGCUUGUCUCCUGGGGGACCCUCCGGAGCAGAGAAGGCUGGAGGAUGCUGCAGCAGAUGGGUGCAAGCACAGCCUCUGCUCACCGCCACUGCCACCCUGCACUUCCCCGACAGGGCAGGAGGCCAGGACCUGUCCCAGCCACAGCACAAGGAGACAACAGGGCACAUCCUGACCUGCAGCUCCUCUGUGGAGGGGUUGUGCUGCCGCUCACACCAUCUCCUCUGCUUUUCCAGCAAGUGAAGUCAAUCGACCGCUUCCUGCGUCGUCUGGAGUUCCAUGCUAGCAAGAUAGAUGAGCUCUAUGAGGCUUAUUGCAUCCAGCGGCGGCUUCGCGAUGGAGCUCAUAACAUGGUCAAGGCUUACAGCACGGGCUCACCAGGCAGCCGGGAGGCACGCGAGAGCCUGGCCGAGGCCAGCAAGGGCUACAAGGAGUACACGGAGAACAUGUGCCUGUUGGAGAAUGAGCUGGAGAGCCAGCUGGGCGAGUUCCAUGUCCGGAUGAAAGGACUGGCAGGCUUUGCCCGGCUUUGUGCUGGUGACCAGUAUGAGAUCUUCAUGAAGUACGGACGGCAGCGGUGGAAGCUGCGUGGCCGCAUUGAGGCGAACAGCAAGCAGGUGUGGGACAGCGAGGAAAUGGUUUUCUUGCCCCUUGUCACCGAGUUCCUCUCCAUCAAGGUGACAGAGCUAAAGAGCCUGGCCAACCAUGUUGUGGUGGGCAAUGUGUCCUGUGAGACCAAGGACCUCUUUGCAGCUCUACCCCAGGUAGUGGCUGUGGAUAUCAAUGACUUGGGCACCCUCAAACUCAGCCUGGAGGUGACCUGGAACCCCUUCGACAAGGAUGACCAGCCCUCAGCGGCCAGCACUGUCAACAAGGCCUCCACGGUGAACAAGAGGUUCUCCACCUACAACCAGAGCCCGCCUGACACGCCGUCCCUGCGGGAACAGGCUUUCUAUAACAUGCUACGGCGCCAGGAGGAGCUGGAGAAUGGCACGGCCUGGUCCAUCUCCUCCGAGUCCUCGGACGACUCCUCCAGCCCGCAGCUGCCCGGCAGCACCCGCCAUGCUGUGCACAAGCCCAUCGUGCAGCCGGAGCUGCAGGCCUCGGCACCCGCCAUCGAGAUCUCCUUCUCCCAGCAGCCACAGGAGGCUGAGCCUGGCACCGGGGCCAGCAUUCCUGCUGCUGAGAGCCAUCCAGAGGAGCCGAGCAGCCGCAAGAAGGAAGCAGUGGCCAACGGGCACGUGCCCUACUCCCGGACUCUGAGCCACAUCAGCGAGGCCAGCAUGGAUGCCACAACAGAGGCCAAGGCUGCAGAGAGCCCCUGGGAGCUCGAGCCCAGCCCGCAGGACACAGGGACUGCAGAGCAGGACAUGGACCCCGUCCCCAGCGCCUCGGUGGCAGCGGUGACACCAGCGCAGGACAGGAGUGCUGAGGCCAAGCCUCGUGCCUCUGUGGCAUGGGCCACCACCGACAAGGCCGAGCCAGCGCAGAGCCAGGCGCCGGCACGGGGCGGCUGCAGCGCUGGUGUCACCAUGGCACCGGUACAAGCGUCCAUGCAGGAGAGCCCGCUGCCCACCACACCGCUGCCCACCGGUGUCCUCGAGGUGCCCCGGGGGAAGGUGGUGGAUUCAGGUUUGGAGGAGGCCAUCAGUCUCCUGGGCUCGGCCCUGGAUGACUAUCGGGGGCAGUUCCCAGAGCUGCAUCCCCUCGAACGGGAGCUCAAGCACCUGGAGGAGAUGCUGCUGCAAAAGCAGGGUGUCUUCCUCAGCCGGGCCUCCAGCAUCAGCCUGACGGUGGAGCAUGCGCUGGAGAGCUUCAGCUUCCUCAACACUUCGGACAUGGAGGACUCGGAGGGCUCCGAGGAGGAGCCUCUCCAAGACGAGAGGAGGGCUGGCAGACCGCGGCAUGGCAGCAGGGCCCCCAGCGGCGGAGAGACUGGUGCAGACGACACCGGCAUGUGCAGCGGCUCCGAGGCCAGCACUGACCCUCUGAGCACCGGCAAUGAGUUCCUGGAUAAGGCCCUGGUGCUUCACCUCAACAACUGCAACCGCCUGCUGCUGAAACUGGGCACCUUUGGUCCCCUGCGGUGCCAGGAGAUGUAUGCCCUGGACAGGCUGCUGCGGGAGGCACAGGUUCUGGAGGUCGUGUGCCAGCUCACGGAGGAGCAAGCAGGAGCAGCCGCCUCUGCUGCUGAAGUUGUGCAGUUCUCGACGCGGAAGGAGGGUGUGCUGCCCCUCUGGGACUGCUGCGUGGAGGCCCCCAACGUCUACUCCUGCCCUGUGGAGCGGUUCCUGCAGGUGCUCAGCACACAGUUCGCAGCACCCAUCAGUGAGCGGCACCCUGGCCUGGCUGAUGCUGUUUGUGUGAAACUGGUGGAGGAUGUGCUGUAUCAGCGGCUGCCCCGGCGGCCCGGCAGUGCCCAGGGCGAACAAGUCACCAUCUUCCAGUACUGGAGCCACUUUGAGUCGCUUGGCGCCUUGGUGCUUGACACCUACAUGAUGGAGCUGGCAGAGGAAGCGAUGCUGGCACAGAACCUCAACUCGGACGACCAGGACGUGGUGCUGCAUGCCCUGAAGCGCAUGCCUGAGGGCCGCCUCAAGAAGGAGGGACUGAAAGCGCUGAGCCUGCUCCUUGUGGAGGGCAACAGCAAGGUGGUGAGCGCCGUGUCAGCUCAGCUCCGCAGCCUGGCAGAGAACCCCCGCUUCCGACAACGGGCCCUUGUGUGCUACCUGGAGCAGCUGGAGGAUGAGGAGGUGCAGACGCGUGUGGCAGGGUGUGCAGCGCUGGGUUGCCUGAAGGCGAAGGAAAGCAUCGAGCAGCUGGUUUACCUGUGCCAAACCGACAAAGAGCCUGUGCGCGAGGCAGCCAAGCAGAGCCUGAUGCUGUGCGGGGAAGACGGCAAAUCAGCUCACCGGCGGCUGGAGGAGACCCUGGACAGCCUCCCGCGGAUCUUUGCCCCAGCCAGCAUGGCCAGCACAGCUUUCUGAGACACCACGCAAUCCCUCCGCCAUCCCUUGAGGGUCAAGGCACGGCUGGGCACUGGUCUGGCAUGGGCUGGGGCCGCCAGGCCCAUGCCACUCCUGGCAGCGCACCGCAGCAUCACCCGCACGGCAGCUUGCCGCAGCCGCACACUGCCUUAUGGAGCACCCAUGGCAGGGGGGGGAUUCGCUGCAUGUCCCACCCUGUGAUUGCUAUUUAAACCACACCAGGAGCCCACCCAUCCUGCACCUCUCGUCAGCUGCUGGAGCAGCAUGGAGACUACCGGAUUUCUGGAGCUGCACUUUGGAAACCACGCUGUUUGUUUUGCCCAGGCCAUGCGGACUGCUGCCCUUUGCCACCCGGAGUCCCCAGGACUUCAAUAAAAUGAGAUAUGAGAUAUUAAUAUAUUCUGCUGGUGUUUCUUCUUUCCAGGUCCACGUGCUCCUCUCCCUCCCCAGCUGUGGCUGUAGGGAACGUUAGUGAGAAGUGGCCCCAGCCCAGAACCUUUUCUGGUCUGCUGGGAAGCGCCAUGGAGGGCAGGGGCAGGACGAGCGGCAGAGGGAUGGCCAGACCCACGGUCAGAAGCUGCCAUCUUUUGUUUUUGUUUGUUUGUUUUAUUUUAUUUUUUAUUUACAGAUUUUUGCAGAAAAAAAGCAAAAAAAAAUCUUUUCUAUAAUGUCUCUAUAAAUCUAUAUAUAAUGUAAUUACAGAGAGUGACUAAUUUUGAUUUAAACCAGAAAUAAAACCAAACCUUUAAUGAG